GAGAAGGCUUCCAUUAGAAAAUAUGUCAAUACAUUAGUGCGUUCUGAACCAGUUUCAAAGUGAGUUAACAAUACAGAUGAAAAUUACAAACUUUUAGAAUAACUAUGAAACUUGACCAAACCUGCUGUGCUAAAAGUUAUUACAAAUCGUGACAGGUCCUAUGUUAAACUUUUUUUGUGCGUUUGUGCUGGUGUGUCCAUCGAUCUACUAACAACGGUGCGAUAAAGCAGUGAACAAAAUAACGCUGCUGAAAAAGAAAUCGUGAAUCAAUGUAAUGUGCACAGAACGAUUAUGUAAACAGUUCAAAUAAGAUUGCUUCCAGAACUGGCUAUCCACCGUGAAGUGGUUACGAAUCGUUAACAUAGCCUUGAAAGUUAACAUUGGUAAUCAAAAAACAUUAGCCUGUAGACUGAUAAUGUCUACCAAUGUAAGACGAAAAGAUAGUUCCAGAUGGCACCUACUGGUAGCCCUGGUCUGCUUGUUUUGCACAACUCCUUGGAAAGACGCAACGGCUAAUGACGAAGAAGUAGUAAGUGUUGGGUACAUCAACCAUGAGGCGCUGGGAAAGAAAAUUCUUCCGGAUCUAUCGACAAUUCAGUUGCACGAAAGUGUCCCGGAAAAGUACCGGCCGGCAGCCAGUCGAUUUGAACUUCUUUGGAAAGAGCACGUGACGGGGAUCAAAGGAUAUGAUACUGUAAAAGGGAUUCCAUUUACGUUGGUUAUACCUGACAAAAUUGACAGAAAAGCCUUUGAAAACAGUUCCCCAAAGAUACGAGAAUUUUUGCUAGAACAUGUUAUUCCCGGAGCCCUAAUGGAAGUGAAAGAUCAAAACACCUACAUCAACAUCAAUCAGCGCCCAGUUCACGUUAAUCUGUCCUGUAUCGAUAUGCUCAUGGCAUAUGAAAUAAAUCAAAGUGCUAAGGUGCUUACUAAACGCCAUAUAACGGAGCAUCUAAGUUUAGUGUUUAUUGUUGGGAACCUGACGGAUCCAGAUUCUCAAAAUUCCUCGACAAAUAAACUAAACAAACGCAAUAUUCAGGAGAACAAUCGCUACAAUGAGCCUCAACGUCUGGAAAUGAAAAACUCAACUAAAGAAGUCGCCAACAACAAGGAGAACCAUAUUGGACAGCAUCUGAUGAAUUUCCUGGUUGGCAUGAAAUCGGGGACGAAGGUGUUCCAGCACUUUUUUUCCAGCUCAAAUCUCAGCCAGCUAGUUGACGACAGCUCAUAUAUGGUGCUUAUUCCGUCCGACACCGCCUUUCAACGCUGGCAUCCGAUUGAUUGGGGAUUCUACCCAUUUAGUGUCCAGGAGUUUACCGAAACGGUGUUGCGAAAUCAUUUCAUUCGCGUGAAGCAACCGCUACGAAUGGCUGACUUGCAAAUGUCUUAUUCAGAACAACGUUUCAAGACUCUUGGUGGAGAGUACGUUGUACUUAAGAAUAAACCAUCUCCAAAUGUGAACAAUGUUACCAUUUUAUCCGAUUAUACGCUCUCCACUGGGGUCGAGGUGUUUAUUUUAUCAGAAGUUCUUUUCGUAUCCGAAGCAAUUGUGUCUCGGCUACACCAGAUGCAUAAGGAUAAAGAAACGCCACCCCUUUUGGCUUUCCCGUGGUUUGGUGCGCAAUUUCUUUCUCACUCCUUCCUCGCAUUGGAACGUGACACACGAUUUACGCAAAUUACGCGCUUUCUAAAUACAGCUGAGGUUGCGCAAUUCAUUUCUGGCUCAAACUACACAUUUUUCGUUCCAACCGACGAGGCAUUCGAGCGCUAUAGUUUUGAGCUGCUGCCUGACAGUGUAUUUGCUUCGGAAAAAGGUAUCCGAAUGUUACUGAGCCAUUUCGUUCGAGGACGUCUAUACGAUCGCGAUUUAAAAGAUGGCGAGGUGUUCGACACAGUAGGCGGGAUGCCGAUAAAGGUUCGACGUUUGUUCGACAACAAUGCUACCAUCAACAAUGCGCAAAUCGUUGAGUCUGAGGUAUUUGUCUACAAUCUCGGUACAAUGUAUUACGUAGAUGAUGUGCUCUAUGCUGAGCUACUGAAGGAUGAAGUGCAACAAAUCACCGAUCUUAAGGCUGUUGAACGAAACAUUCCAGAAGGUGGUGGUGUGGAAGUGUACACCACGGAGCAAAACCCAUCAUCCGAUCGCACAACAUCCACCAUAAACUAUUCAUUUUUGGGUUUGCUCACCACGAGGGAAGAUGUUGAGCUGAUCCCAAUCGAUGUGACAGAAUCAAGCAAAUCCAAAUGGGACGAUCGUGGUGUAUCGUUACAUGACGACGAGAUUAUCACUCCAAAGGCUCUUCCUUUCCGAUUGUUUUAUGAACCUAAAAAGUAAAACCGUGUUAAGUGAACACGAAAAGUAGAAAGUCAGCAAAUUGUAACUGUUGACGUGUUCCACAGUUGAAGAGAUGAAACUCUUCAGAGUAACACAAAAAUAUCCAUACCGAUAAAAUUUUCAUAUUUCCCUAAUGCAAAAUAACAAUGAUGUAUCUAUGCGAUAACAUUAAAUGUUGCCGUCACAUGUAGACAUUCGCAUUUUCCCAAACAGUUGUAUGUAACAACCAAACAUGUAGAUUGAACAAUGCAUUAUCGCAUUUUCAUGCAUUUUUGCUGUUUAACGAAUCGAAUUUACACUUAUUUCAUUCAUUAGUUUCAUACAAUAAGAGACUUUACAACAUCGGUACGUUUGCACAACGUUGGAUAAAUGAUAUAGUACAUUAAAAACCGUUUAAAAUGCGAUAGAUGAAUAGAAAACAGAAAACAAAUUUAUCGGGAUAAAAUACAAAACCUAACUGUAGUCAAUAAGCGCAGGAAUCUCAUUAAGUUAAGAGUGGUCUCGCGUUUUACGUAAUCUCACGUCAAUGUAACAACUAUUUAUUAACAAUCUUGUAGUAUUUCUUCCAACAAAAAGUGAAGAAAUACUAUUUCCCUUCGCAGAAAAUUCACUUAAGAUCAUUCUGCCAACAGAAUAGGGUGAAGAUCUCUGCUUAACAUCAUGCAAGGAAACAUAUCAAACACAAAUGUCCGUAUGCAAUAAUAGUUUCUAUUAAUGAAUAUUGUAACAUGUUUUUCUGCGCUUUAGGUAAACAUUCUGUCAACAAAUUUGGGUUCCAAGGAAAACAAACUGAAAUCGUGUAACGAUGGAAUCAUGAAAUAAAUAUAAACAACACCAACAG